AUGGCAGACGUAAGAAGAUUGAAGCAGAAUCGAGCUACGAUAAAAGUUGCCGAAGCAAAGGUCAAGUCGACGAAAAUCGAAAGCUUGUGGGAGGCUUUCCAAGAAGUUCAGAAAAAGAUUGACGACGCAAGAUUAGAAGGAAUCGAAGUCGCCGCAGAUGAAGAAGUGCUGCCUACCGCAGAGCAAGAGGCAGAACAACAGAUUUUUGAAAAUAUCUAUUUCGAAGCAGCAACGAAGAUCCAAAUGGUGCUCGAUACAGCACAAGCCGCUAAUCAGGUACAAGCUCAGGUCGCAAGGGCAGAGCCACAAAACGAAGACGGAAGGCGCGGACGGGGCGAACGGCGAAUGGAGGUCAAGCUGCCAACGUUGAAACUUCCCGAGUUCAGUGGCAAUUACAAUAAAUGGCUCUUAUUUAAGGAUGCGUUUACAUCAUUGAUUCAUGAGAACGACACACUCACCGAAAUACAGAAGUAUCAAUAUCUGCGAAGUUCCGUGACAGGUGAAGCGUUUCAGGUAAUCGGAGGCUUGGCCACGACUGCAGCAAACUACGAAAAUGCAUGGGAUCUUCUUCUAAACAAUUAUGAACAUCCGAGGCUUCUAAUUAACACACACUUGAGUCAAUUGCUUGAUUUUCCAGCCGUAUUAAAGGACAAACCAGCAACAAUGCGUCAACUGAUCGUUCACGUCAGAACGCACUUAAAAGCUUUAGAGAUACUAGAGCUUCCGGUUGAUAAGUGGGACGAGCUUCUCAUACACCUGUUAAAGAAUAGGAUGGAUUACAAUACACAGAAGAGUUGGGAAGAAGAAACCAAAAAGGACAAGGAAAAUCGACCUACGUUGGAGAACUUUCUGACUUUUCUCAAUGAGCAAGUACGAACGCUUGAGAUAAUUGACAAGACCAAGGGAAAGUCGGAAGCAUCAAAGACGUCAGCAGGGAAAAAACAAGAAAGAAAAGUAGCUUUGGCAACCACCUCUCAAGAAGGUUGUGUCCUCUGCAGCAAGAAUCAUCAGUUGUACCGAUGCUCGGAUUUUUUGCAGCUAUCGAGUGCUGACAGAUUAAAGGAGGUGAAAGCGAAGAAACUGUGUAUGAACUGCUUAAGCAAAGGACACUUUUCCGCGGCUUGCAAAUCUUCAGCAUGCCGGAGGUGCCAGAAGAAGCACAAUACCCUGUUGCAUCCAGAGCAAGAAGAGAAGACUGCAACCGAUAAGAAGUCAGAAGAGGACGCAUCCAAGAAGGCAGUGGUAAUGCACGGCACUCAAGAAACCUUGCAAGAUACUGAAGAGUCAUCUUCUGUAAUCAACCUUGGAAGAAAACCCACGUCGUGCGUGGUGCUGUCAACGGCCCGAGUUAUAGUCCAUGACGUCAAUGGAGGCCAGCACAAAUGCCGUGCACUUCUAGAUGCAGGGUCGCAAUCCAAUUUGAUCACCCAGGAACUCGUCGACAGGCUCAGAUUGAAAUGUAAAAGGAGUGACGAAGUCAUCAGUGGGAUCAACCGAUCACAAACCAAUGUCGGUAAGACAGUAGAAGUAAAAAUCCGAUCGACGAACGCGGAUUAUGAGGUAGAAUGUCUCGUGCUGCCUGCCAUUACUGAAAGACUUCCUCAAGUCAAAAUCAAUACUAAACUGAUUUGCUUGCCGGAGGGUUUGAGCCUAGCAGAUCCUGAUUUCCACACGCCAGGAACAGUGGAUAUUCUAAUAGGAGCAGGACUUUUCUGGCAAUUAAUCUGCAAGGAUUAUAUUCAAAGACCAAAGGGAAUACCCAGAUUACAACCGCAGUUAGAACGCUUUUGGAAGCAAGAGGAGACGCUCGAAAAACGGAGUCUCACCCAAGAAGAGAUUGAGUGUGAACGGCAGUUCCAUGAGUCGGUCAAGCGAGAUGAAACUGAAAGAAGAUUCAGAGGAGAUCCAGCAUUGAAGAAUGCGUAUGUUCAAUUCAUGGAAGACUAUGAAACUCAAGGCCACAUGUCGUUAAUGGGACCAGGCCCAGAUACGAGCACAAAGGUAGAGCAAUCGUACAUACUUCCGCAUCAUCCGGUGAUUAAACCGGACAGCACCACAACUAAGUUACGUGUUGUAUUCAACGCCUCAGCGAAGACAUCGUUGGGAACAUCGUUAAACGACAAGUUAUUCGCCGGUCCAAACAAGCAGAAGAGCCUGUUCUGCAUAGUCUUACGCUUUCGAUCACACCCCUUUGUCAUAACGGCGGACAUAGUUGCAAUGUUCCGACAGAUACUCGUGUGCGAAGAAGACCGAGAUUUACAACUGAUUCUGUGGAGAUCAGAUCCAUCGCAACCAGUUCAGAUCUUUAGGAUGAACACGGUGACAUAUGGCACCGCAUGUGCACCUUAUUUAGCCCUCAGCUGUUUGGAGAGAUUAGCGAUAGAAGAACUGGAAAGGUUUCUAAAGGCAACCUUGACGGUCGAAGAGAUGAAGAUGUUUCUCGAAAUAAGGUUGAAGAUCGAAGAGCUAAAGAAGUUCCUAAAAGAAGCAUUGGACAAUGAGAAAUCGGAGUUUCUACAAGCAAUCCUG